AAACCCACCAAUGCCUGCCUUUUCUCCUCCCCCCUCCGCCUCGCACUCUCUCUCGCUAUAGCCUAUAGCGUCUCUCCCGAAGGCUCGAGACACCACACCUCUCUUCUCUUUGGCUCCUCUCCUCGCUGCAUUGCGAUCCCAAGAGCUGUGAGCUUUAGGAGCUUGUUCAUCACGACCUGAAAAUCAUGGAGUUCGAAGACCGCUGCCACAAGGUCCAGGAGCCCAAAUUCGACUGCCUGCUGUUUGACCUCGAUGACACUCUGUACCCACUGAGCUCGGGGAUCGCGUCCCAUGUCAAGAAGAACAUUGGAGAUUACAUGGUUGAGAAGCUGGGUAUUGAGGAGAGCAAGAUUGAGAACCUUGGCAAUCUGCUGUACAAGAACUACGGCACGACGAUGGCCGGACUCAGGGCAAUAGGCUACAGCUUCGAUUACGAUGAGUACCACAGUUUUGUCCAUGGAAGACUGCCCUACGAGAACAUCAAGCCGGACCCUGUCCUGAAGCACAUUCUCAAGAACCUGCGCAUCCGCAAACUCAUAUUCACCAACGGCGACAAGGACCACGCCGUGAGAGCCCUCAAGAGGCUGGGGCUGGAGGACUGCUUCGAGGGGAUCAUCUGCUUCGAGACCCUCAACCCGCCGUGCCCGUCGCCGCCGUGCGACGGGGAGGCCAGCAUCUUCGACAUCGCCGGACACUUCUCCAUGCCCGGCGCCGCCGCCGACGAGCUUCCCAGGACACCCGUCCUCUGCAAGCCCAACGUCGACGCCAUGGAGGAGGCCCUCAGGAUCGCCAACGUGAACCCUCACAAGGCGAUUUUCUUCGACGACAGCGUGAGGAACAUCCAGGCGGGGAAGAGGAUCGGGCUCCACACGGUGCUGGUGGGCACGCCGCAGCGGGUGAAGGGCGCGGACCACGCGCUGGAGAGCAUCCACAACAUCAGGGAGGCGCUGCCGGAGCUGUGGGAGGAGGCCGAGAAGGCGGAGGACGUGCUCAUCUACUCCGACCGCGUCGCCAUCGAGACAUCGGUGACCGCGUAGGCCACACCUACUGUCUCUCCCGACUCCGGCGAAUCGCUCAGAACGAGCAACCAUCCAUCCAUCCAUGUCCAUCCCUGGCCGGGCAGGUGAUCAUCAGGUGGGAAUUCAGAAUUGGCCGGGACAACAAUACGUUCCAAGAAAAAAAGAGGAGGGUGUUCCGUGGAAGUUCAGGAUUCAGAAUGUAACAGCAAUGUUGGAACGGGUCCUGUAGUAUAUAUAUGUAUCGGUCAGAUCUUUGCAUGUAAAUUAGUACUCCUAGAAGCAAUAAUAAUAAUAAUUAAUAAAGAGAAUGGGGGUUAUUUAUCA